AUGAAUCCCUCUCUCGCCAACGAUGACACUGCAAUAACUGAAGUAAAAAUUUAUAACACCGACACACAACGUAUCCUAUAUGCGCAUGUGCCAGUGGACAAGAAAUCGGGUAUCAGCAUCCCUGCUGGCAAUGCAACAAUUGCGGGAGUGCCAGGCACAAGCGCUCCCAUCUGGAAGGACUACAAAGAUGCUAUUAGUGGAAGUCGCUUCAAAGGAAUCAUUCCAACUAGACGCACAAUAGACACAUUGAAUGUUCAAGGGAAGAAAGUAGAUUGCCCGAUCUGCGACGUAGCGAAUAUCUCCGUCUUCGUGCGAGCAACAGACGUCGGACUCAUGGGGUCAGAAUUAGCUAAAUACAUCACUGCAAAUGCCGAAGUCAUAGCACUUUGUAAAGAGCCUAGGGGCAAAGCAGCACAGCUCAUUGGAAUGUGCGCGGAUUGGGAGUUGGUUCACGAACAGUCACCCGGCUUGCCCUUCGUCGUCCUUAUCACCCCUCUGACACACGGUGCUGCUGAUUUGACGAUCUGGAAUGGAGAUGGGCGGACCAGAAAAGAAAUGCUUCCCAAAAACAUGCACCUCCUAAUGACAGGCGAUAUCAAUCUUCUGAAUGUCGACAAUUCUACUGAGUCGUUUAGAAGAGUGGUAGACUCUUUAAGCGCGGCUGACAUCGUCAUCUCAAAUCUCGAAUGUGUCCUGGGUAUGCCAGAACAAGCAUACUCGAUUCAACACGAAGAGUUUUUUGCAAAUCCCUUUGACGGUGCCGAGGCUCUCCAUCUUGGGAAAAUUGCGGCCGUGGGUCUGGCAAACAAUAUUAAUUACGGUGCACGCAAUAUCCUAGGCUCGAUCGCGACACUCGACAAGGCAGGAGUUCCUCGUACAGGGGCGGGCGCCAACAUUGAGGCAGCUCGUAAAUCGAUGAUUAUCGAGCGCGGGGUUCGCAAAUAUGGCUUUCUUCAGCGCACUUCAGUAUACUAG